AUGUUCGACAGAAAUUUGCAAGUAUUUUGCUUCGCGCUAUGUUUUUCAUCCGUGGCGAUGUUGAGUCCUCACCCAAAACUCCUCCUCAUUUCAUUCGAUGGCUUUCGCUACGAUUUACUUAAUGAGACCAUGACCCCAAACAUUUAUCGAUGGGCCAUUAAUUCGACAUGGUUCAAGAAUGGCUCGAGAUCUCAGUUUGUAACCUACACAGCACCAAAUCAUAUGAGCAUCGUCACUGGUUUGCAUGAAGUGAAGCAUGGGAUCGUGGGCAACUAUUUCUACGACACCGCAACAAGGAAGUUUUUCGACUAUUUCAAUCUGACGGGCAAAGAGGGUGUUAUCAAUGCAUCUUUGGACUCGUCAUGGUACGAAGGCGAACCAGUUUGGUUAACGAACGAAAAGUCUGAUUCUUCACGGCGAUCGGCUACAUUUUAUUGGCCACAGGGAGAUGUACAUUUUCGAACUCCUCCUCAUCGUCCAUUUUUCUACAAGCAAUGGACUACGUACGGGAACUUGAGUCAGUGGAUGUCUGAUGUUGAUGACAUCGUCGAUGCGUUCAUGUCGGAGGAGCAUCCUGUAAAUUAUGUGGCGUGGUACGUAGCUGAACCAGAUCAUACUUUGCAUACGAACGGCUUUUACAACGGUGAACUUCAAAAGAUGCUUCACGAACUUGACGAGCUUUUCGGCUACCUCCUUGCCAAAUUUCGCGAAACUAGCCUUGAAAAUAGCGUCAAUGUGAUACUAACUGCUGACCACGGUCAUGCCGAGAUUGAAGGUGUAAACAACGUUAUGUGCAUUCGAGAUUAUGUGAAGCUCGACAGCUCCAAGAUCGGGGACCAUAUGAUUUAUGCGGACAACAAAGAAAUCGCUCGUGAACUCCACCAGAAUCUCACAAACGCCGUGAAGAGUUUCGGUUAUAAAGUUGAUGUAUACAUGAAGGAGGAUGUUCCUGCACGGUACUAUUAUUCAAACUCUACACGCAUUGGUGACGUCAUCAUUGUACCUCAAGUUGGAUGGGCUGCAUCAUUUACCUGUACUAGGAAAGAGCUUUCUGAGACCUAUGCUCCCGGAAAAGUCAGGUAUAAUUCCUCUACACAUGGUAUGGAUCCCGAUCGUAAGGAGAUGCGUGCUGUGCUCGUUGUUGGUGGUCCAUCAAUCAUGUCCGGAAGGAAGGCAUUGCCUGAUAAUACCGACUUGUAUCCAUUUAUGUGUUGUUUGCUGUCAGUUCCUGCUGCGACAAAUAAUUCAACAUUGUCAAUAAUUGGAAAAGCUCUUCGUCCGCUGGAGUCUCGAUUAACAACUAAAUCCUUAAUAGUGUUCCUGGAACCUCACGAUUCCGGUACGUUCAUGUUCCUUGUUAUAACCACAUCUUUCAUUCUUAUGGUUUUCGUCGUAUAUGCAUGCCGGUAUUCCAAACUUACGGAACAACCAGUUUGGAUCUGGAGUCAGAAAGGAUAUCGCCCACUGAAGACAGAUCUUUGCAGUGCAGAACAAGUAAGCUUGCGAAAAAUAUCGUUCCUGUGUAUGUGCAAUUUUGCUGAAGUCAUUUAUUUACUUAUGAGUUACUGA